AUGUGGGCGUUGAGUAACCAAAGUGGAAUUCCUAACCUAGCGGAACCACGUCCAUUACAAACUCAGACUGAACGUCAACAUCAUUUUGAAUCUUUCCUAGAUGCUUUGCCAAAAAUGGAAUCGCACUACUGUCGUGCUAAUUUUACAAGGACUUAUCUGGAACCAAAUUGGUCAACCCUGACAGAACUUUACAGUUUUUACCAAAAACAAGCAGCUGAAGACAAUACUAAACACUUCUCAUGGACCCACUUUUCACAAGAAUUAAAGAAAAGAAAUAUGACUUUGUUUCAAAACCGUAAAGAUCAGUGUGAUACAUGUUUUGCAUUUACUCAAUCCAGAGUGGAUCAGAGUUCAUACGAUUCACCCAUUUUGAGGAAGACCAUGGGGAGACAAGAAAAAUCAAAUGAUAAAAGACUUGCGGAAUUGGAUAAUACGAUGAAAGUAUAUUGUAAAACUAAAUGUAUCCAAAGCAUAUUACAAGAUCAAACUAAAACUUCAUAA